AUGUUCAAUCCGCGUCUGUUGUUGCUCCGCCUGCUCCGGCUGCGUGCUGUUCCCCCGACUCUCUCCGUUGCACCGCCAGCGUUCGCCCUAGCUGCGACUGACGUCCUUGCUGCUCCGCCUAUUGGCGUCGCGCAGGUGGUUGUUGCUGGCGCCGUGGCACUGCAACCGGUGGUGUUCGCCACCACUGAUGUCCUGGGCCAGGUAGCGCUCCCGGUCGCUCCCGCCCCUUCGACUGCGGCAACACCAAUGCCGACCCCGAUCGUCCAGGCGGUUCCUUCUUCUGCGCCGCUUGCUGCUGCUCCGCCGACUCAUCGCCCGCCGCAAACUGGGCUGGAUCCCGUGGCGGUCGCGGUGGCUGGUGUGGAGGGCGCGGUCGUGGUGGCGGCUGGGCGUAUGAUCAGCCGGUCAACUCCUCUUCCCCGGUCAGCUGUUCCACCUCCCUUUGCUCCCAUUGCAUCUGCUGCGGCUCCUGGGAAUCGCAUGCGGCUGCCGUGGGUUCCUCCUGUGGCGGGUAUUGAAUUCAUGACCACGGCAGGAGGACCUAUGACGGCGCAGUAUCCGUCCCUCCUACCCGUAGAUCAUGCUCCUUCGGCUACUGUGCUGAUGGUUCAGUUGUUGGUGGGGCCCUGUGCUUCAGCAGAGGUGCUGGAGGCGUCUCUGGGGCAACUGUGGCGCCUCUCUGAGGGUCUACGGGCUGUUCACCUGAUUCAGGUGUAUGGUCACGUGGCUCUCUCCCAGGGUGUUUCUCUGGAUGGCGGCCCUCGGGACGAGUGCCUAGAUGCCGCUGAUCGGCUUGCCGAGCUCCUGGCGCCCGUGUUGGUUGCGCCUGCGAGGGGUGGAGUUGCGGGCGUUGUACAGCUUGGGACUGCUCUCCAUGGUCUGUGGCGGUUUUUGCGCGCAGGGACUGCAGUUGACUUGAUCGGUGCAACAACAGUGGUGGUGCACGAGCUUCAUCUCUUGUUGACGGGCCUUCUUGCCUUCCUUGACGCGGAUCAGAUGUAG